AAGAACAUUCGUUUUUCCUGAGAAUGUUCUAGAAGAUUCUCUGUUUCUUUCUUUCUCUCUCUUUCUCACUCUAUGUCUUAAAACCGGUGCUCAGUAAGUAACAGCAGCCCGCCAAAAAGAAAUUUAUGGGAAACCCCCCCGAAAGUAAACUAUCGUAAUUUCGUGUGCAAUUGCAUCAUAUGCAUAAAUAACAAUGAAAAGUUUAGGUAACAGCAGCCAAACCGAAGCACUUAGUUGCAUUAUAGGACAAACACUGAAGAAUAGAUUUUGUAAUUGAUAGUUACUUCCCCUUAGCAUCUUCCUUCUGUUUGUUUUCACUUCCCACAUUUGUUUGUAAAAAUAUGGACUCGCAAUCGAACGAUUCCCGGCAGUCAAAAAAACAGGCGCAGGAGUGGCUGUGUGGUAAGUAGCUUGCUUACCAACCACAUGGUUCCGGGUUCAGUCUCACUGCGUGGCACCUUGGCUGCAAAAGAAAAGGCUUACUCCUCUGAAUCUGGUAAAAAGUGAUGAUUGGAAAAGUAUGUUUAAAAUUGAAGAUACUAAAAAGGUGAAGAAGUUUGAUGGUGUUGACGAUUCCAAAGCACUGUUGAGUCACAAAAAUUCAUCAACCGAUUUUGUUUUGGCAAGUUUGCUGGAAUUUCUGUGUUCAAUACAAGGAAAUGAUAAAAAAGCAUCUCAGUCAAAAUUCCAGGAUAUAUCCAGCUUCCUAAUUGAUAAAGAUUUGCUAAGUCCAUCAAGUACUCUGGAUGAGUUUCAGGGUCUAAGAGCAAACAUUUCUAAGAUCCUUUUUAAUCUUUUAUUUUUCAAACAAAUACAUGUUCCAUUAAAUAAAUUACCUCAAAAUAUUCAAAUAUAUGAACGCUAUAAACUUGAAUUUGAUGAUGAAGGUCAUAUUGGCAAAGGUGGAUUUGGCUCAGUGCGUAAGGCAAUUAAUAAACUAGAUGGACGACAUUAUGCUAUCAAAAAAAUUUGGCUAAAAGAUAAUGACAGCACAAUUGAAAUAAAGCGAAUACUUGAUGAAGUAAAAACUUUAGCUUGUUUGAAACACAAAAAUAUUGUUGGGUAUAAUUCUGCUUGGCUAGAACAAGACAUUUUUAUGACAGGUCCAUCAAAUGAAGGUCCAGAGAUGGAACGUUUUUCCUACUCAGGUUUAGCCCCUAAUGCAGGCUUUCAGAAAUUAAAUAUCAAAGAAUUAGAUUCAUCUUUCAAUUCAAGUGAUUCCUCUGAAAGUUCUGAUAAUCAACUUUGUAACUCUCAAGGAUCUCCGCUAAUUCAGUAUAAAUCCUGUAAAACACUUUAUAUACAGAUGGAACUUUGUGAACAAACAUUAGAAGACUGGCUGAACUCCAGAAACAGUGAAGAUGAUAAACCACUAGUUGAGCGUAUUGAUACUGUAAAUAAUCUGAAAAUUCUCCAAGAAACUGUGGAAGGUUUAGAAUUCAUACAUUCCAGAGGAAUUAUUCACAGGGACAUAAAGCCGGCUAAUAUUUUUUUAAAAGAGAACUUCUCAGUAAAGAUAGGAGAUUUUGGCUUGGCGAAAAGAAGUUACACAUCUGAUUCAGAUGUAACCAAAGAAGAUUUUGUUUCCCUUUCUGUGGGGGUUGGUACAUCAACUUACUCGGCACCAGAACAGCUAAACUCUUCAAAUUAUGACACAAAGUCAGAUAUAUACAGCCUUGGCUUAAUCAUAUACGAACUGUAUUACUCUUUCACUACAAUGUCUGAACGUACAGAUUUGUUCAAUGUGUUGAAAGAAAAUUCUAAAAUAGAUAACUUAGUAGUACAGAACUUCCCAGAUCAGGCUGAACUAAUCAAGAAAAUGACAAAAAAAGAUCCUGCUGAACGGUUAACUGCACAAAACAUCUUGAGCCAAUACUUAUGUACUUCAAAAGAUGAUAUUAUCAGAGAGCAAAAGAGAGAGAUUGCCUGUCUAAAAAACAGAGUAAAAGAAUUAGAAUUAUUACUACAUAGUCAUGAAGAGAGAAUGCGUACAGAAAAAUGAAACCAUGUCAAUUAAGAAAGGUGACAAGUCUCUUUUGAAGAACUCUCAGGUGUAAUCCAAUUAUUUCUUCCUUCUUUACACCUUCUGCAUCUACUUCCACCAAGGAACCAAAAACAGGUGCACCUCUGUGUGGUCUACUGGAAAUAGCAGUCAGAUUUCUUUUACAUGACUCAUUUUUUUAAAAAUGAUACACUGGACAAUGUAAUCUAGUGUACGCAAUGCCUGAAAGACAGGAUGGUCAUGUCUGGAAGUCUUUUGAUCAUAUGUCAGCUUUAUCACUCAAGGCUGACCUGGGACUAAGCACUACCAACAAUUUGCCAGAAUAUCUUGAAAUGAAAUGCUUUUUUUUUUUUGCUUCAAUAAUAAUGUAUAAAAGAUGGAUAUGUAAACUUCCACUUGCACUUUUAAAUAUUUAAAAACUUUUAUGAAAUUAAUUUGCUUUUUUAUCUAAAAUUCCCAUAAAAUUUAUAUUUUCCUUUCAUUAACCUCAAAAAAAAUUACCAAAUAUCUUCAUUUCACACAAGAUAAACAUUUUAUUGUAAAUUAGUUUAGAUCUUCUGGUAUGUUUGCAAAGAGUUUAUAAAUUUCAUGUCUCCAUUUUCUAGAAAGGUUUUGCCAUUUCUGUAUUCUAGGUUUUUAAUUGAAAAUACCUUUUGCAGAAUUCCAUCCUCUCUAGAUUGGCAGCAAUGAGAAAGCUGGUUGUAGAUAAAUAUUUUGUGAGAACAGUUCAAGCCAUGUAUCAAGGUGCUUAAAGCAGGAUCAUCCUUGAACUGUCACUGUUCCAUGUUUGCUUGGACCAGACCGAAUUCAUUGAGGCAGAUUUUCUAAGGCCAGAUGCCCUUCCUGACACCAAACCUCACCUGUUACAAAACAAGGUAGUAUUUCCCAUUGUUGGACAUGUUCUUUUACGGAAGACUGGAAGUGAGCAACACCACUUGUAUGAUAGGAUGUUCGUUCACAACCAUUACGUGAUGUCAAGACAAAGGUACACACACACACACACACACACACACACACACACACACACACACAAAAGGUUUCCGUCCACAAAUCCACUCACUAGUUAAAAGGCAUCUUGUCCAAGAUGCUGCACAGUGGGACAGAACCUGAAACUAGAUGACUUGGGGUGCAAGUCAUGCUUGCGCCUAUCCGCAUUAAUGAAAGGUUCCUUGAAAUGCUCACAACCUGAUUCUCAUUGUGGAAUCUGUUGAGGAAUUACAAAAGGACUAAAAGUAAACAUAAAAAUCUAAGACCUUGAAGUAUCUGGAUAAGGCAGGGUGAGUGGGGGUGCAUAAGCUAAAGCUGUGGAAUUAAUGUAAACAUUAGCCGAAAGUGCAAGGUGUAUGGAAGAAGUUAAAGAAACUGUUACCUUUGUUUCUCUUUAUAAGAAAUGCCUGGUGGUGAAACAUAGGAAAUACAAGGGAAAUAUGGAGAAAUGUCCAUAUUGUAAGGCUAGCAAUUUCGUGGGGAGGGGUUAAGUUGAUCACAUCAACCCCAGUGUUCAACUGGUACUUAUUUUAUCAAUCCCCAAAAGAUGAAAGGCAAAGUCGAUCUCUGGACAGAAUUUGAAAUCAGAGUGUGAUGACAGAUGAAAUGUCGCUUGGUGUGCUAAUGAUUCGGUUAGCUCACUGCCUUCCUCUUAACUCAUAUUAAUUAUAUAAAAACAGUGAUGAUAUUCUUUUAUGAUUUGAUAAAAGCUCAAGAAAGAAUUAUCUUUUUUUUUUAUAGUGUUUCUUUUAUAACUCAUUAUUUAUAGAGGUACUAUUUAAAGGUUUUAUUUUCAAAUAGAGUAUCUAGCAAAAGUCAAAUUGUAUCAAAGAUAAUCAAGUGGGAAAACAAGAAAAGCUGUGAUAAAAAUGAAGACUAUAUAAUCAUAUUCAGGAUAUCAAUGUUAUGAAGUGAUUUUUCAUCUCUAUUAAGUAAAGUCAUCAUGUUUAGCUUCUUAUAAACAUUAUAGAUUAGAAUAUUGUUAAGAAUUAUAACUAUGUUAAUAAGAACUAUCGGGACCCAUGAAUAUUUAACGGAAUUUAUGGUAAACCUAUUGGGUUAUUUCUUAAAACUUUAUCCAAAAAUCCUGAAAACAAAGCCUGUGUUGUGUCUGUAUGGAAAGGUAGUUGCUUAUCUGCUACUCAUUGGAAAGUGAAAGAAAUUGGAAUAUGAUGAUUACUUAAUUCAUUUUAUAUACUUUAUGCACAAUUUUAUAGACUUAAGACUAUAAAAUUCACUCUUUUUUUCCCAUAAGCAAAAAAAAUAUAUCCUGUAUAUUUAGGGGCAGGUGUGGUUGUGUGGUAAGAAGCUUGCUUCCCAACCACAUGGUUCUGGAUUCAGUCCCAUUGCGUGGCACCUUGGACAAGGGUCUUCUACUAUAGCUUCAUGCCAACCAAAGCUUCAUGAGUGGAUUUGGUAUAAGGAAACUGAAAGAAGCCCAUUGUGAAUAUAUAUAUAUAUGCAUAUCUAUCUAUAUGUGUGUGUCUGUGUAUGUCCCUCCACCAUUGCUUGACAACUAAUGUUGGUGUGUUUAUGUCCUUGAAAUUUAGCAGUUCAACAAAAAGAGACCGAUAGAAUAAGUACUAGGCUUACAAAGAAUAAGUCCUGGAGUCGAUUUGUUCAACUAAAGAUGGUGCUCCAGUAUGGCCUCAGUCAAAUAACUGAAACAUGUAAAAGAGUGAAUAUUUCACGGAAUUGAAUUUAUGCGCAUGUGCGAGUGACACGUAAAAGCACCCACUACACUCUCUGAGUGGUUGGCGUUAGGAAGGGCAUCCAGCUGUAGAAACUCUGCCAAAUCAGACUGGAGCCUGGUGUUGCCAUCCGGUUUCACCAGUCCUCAGUCAAAUCGUCCAACCCAUGCUAGCAUGGAAAGCGGACGUUAAACGAUGAUGAUGAUGAUGUGUUAAGUGAUAGGUAAUAUAAAAAAAAACUUAGUUCAAUUUUUUAUAAAAAAUACAAUUUUCAUUAUCCAAUCACUACCACAACCACCAUCAUCAUCUCUAUUUCUCUCUCCCUCCUUCUUUCUUUGCCUUUCUUUAAUCUCAUCAUCAGAACAUCACCCUUCUGCUAAAAUUAUAUUUGUAACUCACCUCUACCUUCAACUAACUUUUUUAACCAUGUAAUAAAUAUUACGUUCUCCCUACCUUACAUCAUGGACGCUUCUCUCUCUUUCUGUCUCACUCUUUGCCUUAUCCUCAUCCUCUUUUUCUUUCUCCCUUCAACUAAUCACAUGAAAGCAUUGCAAUUACAUUCCCUCCACCUCACUUCAUGGAUGCAUCUCUCCCUCUUUUUCUAUAAUCAUGUGAAAGUGUUACCAAUGGAGUCAGUAAAGCAAUGACAAGCAGAAUUAUUAUACGUACCCUCUCUCACUCUCUGGGAGAGAGGCACAAGCACAUACACAGACAUAUACACACACAGCAGUAACUUCCGCCUACCAAAUUCAAUCACAAAGCUUCGGUCGGCUCGGGGCUAUAGCAGAAGACACUUGCCCUAGGUGUCACACGGUGGGACUGAACCCGAAACCAUGCAGCUGGGAAGCAAGCUUCUUAACCACACAGCCAUGCCCGCGCCUACAGCAAAUCUUUCACUCAUACUAUCUACCUCUCAGUAGUAGACCUUUACCUAUUUCUUUUCUUAUUAGUUAACUGCCUCUUAUUGCGCAUGUAUGUUGUACAUGAAAAUAUAUGUAUGUACAAUCAAUCUGAUAAUAGAGGAAUGCCAGCAAGAAUAUUAGCAAUGUUGGAUAAGGAGGCAAUGUGUGAUGUAUUAGAAAUAGGAUGGAAGAUUUAGAGACAAUAAUAUUACUAACAAUGAUUAAUCAGUUGAUAAUAAGCUUAUUAUUUGGGUUUGGGUUUUUUCCAUACUAGCAUGGAGUAAAUGGCUAUAUUACUGAGGCAAUUGUUUUACAGCCAGAUGCCUUUCUUAGCAUUAACCCUUACCUUUUUUUUUAAGUCAGGGACCUCUUAUUCUACACAUUUUGAAUGGUAUGAAACCAGCAAUGAUUUGUUAAUAUGGGAAAUGAUGACAUCACUGCAUGUAGAUCAGUGAUUUUUCAGACACACAUACAAGUGUGAGUGCGCACACACAAACAACAAGCUUCUUUCAGUUUCCACCAACCAAAUCUUCUCAUAAUGCUUUGAUUGGAUCAAGGUUAUAAUGGAAGACAGUUGCCCAAAAUGCCAUGUGGUGGAACUGAACCAGAAGCCACAUGGUUGGGAAGUGAACUUCUUAACCUCACAGCCAUACCUGUGUUUAAUGAAAAGAAUUAUGAGUGGAAAGUUAGUGGUGGUAUGGAACAAGUGUGAGAAGUGUUCGAAAAUCAAGAGAAAUCCAAAUACUUGUUUGAUAUAAUGUGAUUGUGUUUAUUUUUAUUUAGGCUGUGUCAAUUUUUGUUAUACUAACUUAUAAUACGCUACUGUUCAUGAAUUCAAACGUUACUACACUAAUCAUGAUGUACUUCUAUGAAAGACACAUUACAUUGCAUGUCUACCUUGUUAAUAUUGAAUAUUUUCAUUUUAUUAUUUCAUUGGCCAGCAGUAAGCUAUAAAAACCAAAUCAUCUAACAGUAUACAAAUCUAAUAAACUAUUAUUCCAUCUAUACUAACAUACGACAUAUUUUGUUCAUAUUUUUAUAAAUUGUUAAUACCUUUGUACAACUUUUAUUCAUUUUUUUGACAUUAAAGCUAUUUUUUAAAAAAUA